AUGGAGAAGGGGAUGGGCAGCCAUACCAGCCAAGGAAGGUGGUUUUCUGAUAUUAAAAGAAGAGAGAGCAGAGCAAGCCAUUGCAAGACUUCACACGUCUCCAUUCUUACCCAAAUAGCCAAACCAGCAUCCCAGGCCAAUCAGAGCUCGCCAAUUGGCUGCCAAGUGGCUGGACCGGUCAGCGCGCAGUUUUGCACAAAACCCCCUGCCGUUUCCCUGAAUCAACCCGUGUGCAGUCCCAGGUCGUCCAGGGACUGCGGCGUGUGCCAGUGCGUGUUCUGCGCCGACGACGAGCUCCGCCUCCUGCCGGCGUGCCGCCACGCGUUCCACUCCGUCUGCGUCGACCCGUGGCUCCGCGCCAACCCGUCCUGCCCUCUCUGCCACGCCUUCAUCGCACUCCCGUACCCGCCGCUCCCCGAGCUCCUUCGCGUCGAGCUCGACAGCGUCAGCAGCCGCCGCUCCACUUCCUCGUCCUCCUCCGCGGCCGUCGCCGCAGCGCCGCCAGAGGGAGUCCGCGCGUACCCGCUCCCCAACUCCAACACCAACACAGAGUACCUCGUGGAGGAGGACCUCCAGGUGGUCCUCAAGCCGCCCAGCGCUGCCAACCCGGCGCCACCGCCGCCACCCACGGCUCGAAAUACCGGCGAGCCGAGCCAGCAGCUGGCAGCCGCGGCGGAGCGCGCGCUGUCGUCGUCCGUGACGCCGACAGCGUCGUUCAGGUCGGUGGGGCGUUCCAGCAGCAGGUGGAGCAGCCGGUGGAGCAGCGGGCGGUGGAGCAGCCGGUACGACGCCGGGAGCGUGACGGCCGCCGCCACGGCCGAGUGGUGGUGGAACAUGGACGGCGGGGUGGCGCCAGCGUCGCGGCGGGCCGAGUCCGAGGACGGCAGCGCGUUCUACGGGUUCGUGCGGUGGCUGACGGGAGCAUACUAGUUACCUAGUAAACAGCGCGUUCCAACGGCGGGACAAGCUCCGGCCUCCAGCGCCGCAGCCCCAGCGACCUGGGCAGCGCGGCGAGGGACGACGCCAGCGUGAAGAGCGGCAGCCGCCCGAUGAGCCGCUCCCUCUCCGCGGCCGCCUCCUUCCCCUGGUCGGCCACGGGCGCCGCCGCCGCCGGGGCCACCGCGGAGCUGCGGACCGCCACGAGCGAGAGCGGCGGCGCGGAGGGCCCCGAGGAGGAGUUGCGGCGGCAGAGAUUGCGGAUGAAGUAGUGGAUGGAGAUCGACGCCAGAAGCAUCACCACCACGAUUACGGCGAUGAUAAGGAUGCUCGGCGAUAUCCCCGCCAUGCCACCGCGCGCAUCGUCCCCGCUCCCACCUCCUCCUCCCUCAGCCAAGUGGGGCACCACCGGCACCACCACGGGCACCCUCCGCUCCGGCGCCACCGGCGGCGGAACCGAUGUGGAAGACAUCGAU